CCCCCUCCCCCUCAAGCCAAACUAACAUCCAACACCAGAAUUUAGUGACUCAACAACCUUUUUCCUUCUGAGGAGGAUUUCGGUCACCCCCGUAGUUGCAGUUGGUCAUCUAAUCCUUUAUUUGGUGGCCAUUUUAAUUUUUGUCUCCCCAACAAAAUGGCGGCAGAGGGUUUUCAGUACCGUGCUCUCUACGCAUUUACCAAGGACCAGGAGGAGGACUUGGACCUGCAGCCCGGAGACGUCCUAACAGUAUGCAGGGCGUCGCUGUCAUCCAUGGAGAGCUACCACGAGGGCUGGGAGGAGCAGCCUGAGUGCCUGGGCUGGCUCCUCGGGUACAACGAGCGCACCAAGCAGAGAGGCGACUUUCCGGGGACUUACGUUGAGUACAUUGGGCCUAUUAAGAUGGCGGCACCAUCGAGUCAACCCAGGUCCCAGCGACCACUUCCUGCUGCCCCCCCUCCAGAAUCGUCUCAAGCUGUUUCUGUGCUGGACCUGAGCGAGCAGUUCACACCGCCAGAGACGGCUCCCCCAGCUCUCACCAGCCUGAUCCAAGCCAUAGAGAAGAGAGGUCUGGACUACACAACAUUGUACAGGACAGCUGGCUCACCCUCAGAUUCAGAGAGUCAGGUGUACUGCCUGAGCUCUGAGAGUGACGUGGGUCAGAAAGACGUGGGUUACCUCUCUGAGUGUGUCCUGCACUACCUGAGAGACCUCCCGUCACCUGUCAUCCCAUCCUCUAUCUACCCCCAGCUUCAGACUGUUGUCACGCUGCAGCAGCAGGUCCUUCAGCAGUCAGCAGAUGGUGCGGUCGCUGGCAGCCAUGACAGAGAGGUAAGCCUGGUUCUCGAGAGCUCCACUGCCGUCCCCCUCCACAACUGUCUCACCCUGCAGUACCUCCUCACACACCUGGCCAAGGUCACCCAGGUGCAGGCCAGCAAUGGCCUGGACACACACACACUGGGAAAGAUUUUCGGACCACUGCUCAUACGGACAGGCCCCUCUACCCCAUGGUUAUCUCUUGAUGAGAAGUUCCCUGCCCUUGUGGUGGAGAGGCUGUUGAUAGAAAAAACUAUGGAGCAGGACCUUACUCCUCCAGUUCUUCCAGCAAAGCCAGUCAAGUCAAAAAUGGCCCCGUCAGCCAUGACGGACACAAGCAGCCUGCUGAACGACGCUGAGUGGUACUGGGGGGAAAUCUCCAGAGAGGAAGUGAAUGAGAAGCUGCGAGACACUCCAGACGGCACCUUUCUUGUCCGGGAUGCCUCAAGUAAACUAGAGGGCGAGUACACUCUCACCCUCAGGAAAGGAGGGAACAACAAGCUCAUCAAGAUUUACCACAGAGAUGGGAAGUACGGCUUCUCGGAGCCUCUCACCUUUCUGUCUGUCGUGGAGCUCAUCAAUCACUACCGCCACGAGUCCCUGGCUCAGUACAACGCCAAGCUGGACACCAGGCUUCUGUACCCGGUCUCAAAAUACCAGCAGCUGGUGAAGGAGAACAGUAUCGAGGAGGUGGGAGAGCAGCUGAAAGUUUAUCAUGAGCAGUAUCAAGAAAAGAGCCGCGAGUACGACUCUUUGUACGAGGAGUACACACGCACCUCACAGGAGCUGCAGAUGAAGCGCACAGCCAUUGAGGCCUUUAAUGAAACCAUCAAGAUCUUUGAGGAGCAGUGUGAGACUCAGGAGCGCUACAGCAGAGAGUCUUUGGAGCGGUUUCAGCGCGAGGGCAAUGAAAAGGAGAUUCAAAAGAUCCAGAGCAACUCAGAGCGUUUAAAGUCUCGUGUGAAGGAGAUCCACGACAGCAAGUGUAAACUGGAACAGGACCUGAGACAGCAGGUCUCUGACAACAGAGAGAUCGACAAGAAGAUGAACAGCCUCAAGCCAGAUCUCAUGCAGCUCCGCAAGAUCAGAGACCAGUAUUUGAUAUGGCUGACACAGAAGGGGACACGGCAGAAGAAGAUCAAUGAAUGGCUGGGCAUAAAGAAUGAAGCUGAUGACUCAUACUCGCUCGAGGAAGACGAGGGCUCGCCCCACAAUGAUGAGUGUGCCUGGUACGUGGGUGACAUCAAACGCACCCAGGCUGAGGACAUGCUGAGAGGGAAAUGUAAUGGAACCUUCCUCAUCCGUGAGAGCCAAUCACAGAAGGGCUCCUACGCCUGUUCUGUUGUUGUUGAGGGCGACGCCAAGCACUGUGUCAUCUACAAGACGGCCACCGGUUACGGAUUCGCUGAGCCCUACAAUCUCUACUCGUCCCUCAAAGACCUGGUGCUCCACUACAAAAACGUCUCCUUGGUCCAACACAACGACCACCUGAAUGUAAAUCUAGCCUUCCCUGUCCUGGCCUGCUCCCAGAACCAGAACCAGCACCCAAGAUGAAUAAUCGAGCGGCAGUGUCGGACGCCUACCAUGGUGGGGAAACAAAAUUGUCACUCAGAUGCAUUGGGGGAAAAAACAACAACAUCUGAUCAAUGCACUUGUUCAUGUGGUUGAAGAAGUGGGUAAAAAUCGACUCAGCAGCCACAAUUAAAAAAAAAAUCUUAUUUUUUUGGCUAGAGGCUGGUGCUUAUUUCCCACACUGACCCCAGUCCAGCAGCAAAGAGCACUCCUUGCUAACAGCAUGGCUUCAAUAUAAGCACACUGCUAGCAGCAAGUAAGCACUGUACAGUACGCCUGGCUGACGCAGCGAGUUUUACCGCGAGGAGAAUGUCGCAUUAGCCAGCCAUGACUGUACAGUUAUUAAAACAGUGUGUGGAAUUCAAAGACACCUUCGACAGAGGAAAAACAAGACUAAAUGUGUUGAAGGAAAAAAUAAGCACACGAAAAUGUUGUUUUUCAAGAUCGUGAAGACGAGAGACCAGAUGGGAUGAUGGGAAAAUAUACAGGGGGCACUUUUCUUUUUUGCUUUGAACACGAUGAGUGCCUAUAGACAAAGGCCUGAUCUGUCAUCCCCAGACUGCCUGCAAACUCUCCGUAGACAAAAGCCUGAGCUGUUAUCCACUAAAAGGACUGGCUUUGCUAAACCAGGCUGCUCGCAUCCUACCCGAAGGCGGCAGAGGAACCGUGGACCAGGAGGGUGUAGUCACUGGAGCCGAGGGGAGAGGGUGGAGAAACGGCUGGGGUUGUUAUUUUUUGGGGGGGGGGGAUUCAAAGAUUGAUUCAAUUUAAAGCUUGCUCAAGUGCCAUAGUAAUAGCUUUGAAUGACCACAACCCUGUGUCACUAGAGCGAGGGGGAACGUCGUGGAAGGAGAGAAUGAACGCCUGUCGACAUUAACAAAGCUACAGCUUUAAAAAUGAUCUUUAUUUUCAACUGGCUUGUUGCUCUCUCUCUCUCAGCGGCGCCACCCUCUGAUCUGAUGAGGUACAAUGGACAGCAAAUACUGUAUAACAUGAUAGAAGUGCAUGCGACGUAUUUGGUAUAUUGUGAAUAUAGAAAUACUUUUUAAUCACAAUAAACUAGAUGCACAGGUACAUUGAUCAAUGCAGUUCCACAUAAUUCAGGUUUCCUUCUUAAAGGAAAUAGUGGAAAGAGUCCUGCAUUAAACUUCUCUUUGUUUCAGACUUCUUCCUUCUUUUUUCAUCCUGUUUAAUACUGUAGCACCUGUAGCCAUUGACUUUAGGCAUAACUGUUAGUGCUGCUCUUAAGUGUCUAGUCUCUAUAUGCUACAGACACUUGCAGAGCAUCAAUCUAUGUGAUUAUUGAAUCUUCGGUACUGUAUUUGCUUAGCCUCUGUUAGAUUAGACUGUUGUUAGCGGUACAAUGUCCUUGCAGAUGUUUAUUGUUGUUUUUACAAGCAGAUUUCACUCUCGGUACUUCCUCCCCCUUGUGCUUGACUGUUUGUUUCAUCACAAGCUUGACUCACAGAGCUGUAGAACAUAGAUGUAAAAAAAAAAAAAAAAAUAUGGUAAUAUAACAUACAUAUAUAUAUAUAAAAGUAUAUAUAUAUAAAUAAUAUUUCAGACACACAUGCAGACAGUGUAUGUGAUUAUCUACAGAUUAACCGCAGUGUUUCUUUAAUUGUUUUUCCGAAUAUUUGCUAUUGCUCUUAGAUUCUGUUAGAGGAUGCACAGUAUCCAGCUAAUGUGAGCCAAAUGAAGGAUCUUUUCAUGUAGCAAGAAAGAGAAAACAGAACCAGUCGUGUUGCCAUCUAGCGCGGCCUCUGUGCUCUGAGAGACUAUCUAGUACGGUAUGCAUGGAGUAGUCCUUCGUUUGGGUAGAGGAAUUUUUUACUUGGUGGCUGAUAAGUGUGCUUUUUGUAGAGUAUAUACAGUAUGGUGUGUGGUGAAUGCAGUAGUACUAUGAUACUGCAAUACUAUGCGCACCACACGUGUAUAACGAGCUUUAGAUUUACAGCGCUCAGAUCGGUUCCCUCCGGUUGUUCUGUGCCGUGGCAGCGAGUUUCUCCUGUUUUCCUCAUGUUCAUUUGGCUCGAGGUGGAGGUUUUACCACCUCUGUUCAAAGCACAAGUCAUUUGUGUAGAAGGCAGGAUGAUCCAGUUAUUAUUGUGUGGUCGAUAAAGUGGCGUCAAGUGGUGUUGCCUGUGAAAUUGAUUUAUUUCGUUGAUUUCUUGAGAUGAAUGAAUAUGAAUAAUCUCUCAAAUUGAUUACACAUUGUCGAACUGUCAUUGCCAAAAAGAAAAGUAUUUUUGUAGAAAGUUAUGAGAGUCAAAUGUCAUUGGCAGUAGAGCCUUUUAGAAAAAUAAUGCACUGCUUCUGAGAGCUACACAUUGAAAAGUUACAUGGAUUUUGGAUGGAUGGAUGGAUUUUUAUUUUUAUUGAGCAGGGAAUGACAUUGCCGUUUUGUUCCUAGAUGAGAUCCUCACCCACUCGACAUGUCAUGAAACUCAAUUACUAGUGAAUGAUUUGGUUUCAUCUGAUUUCAGGUACCAAACCCAUUUUCAGAUCAAACUCAACCCGAAGAGGUUAAAUCCAGACGUCAUUGUCGUUUCAGUCAGGACGAAACAGUUGUACUGUACUUUGCACAAGAAGAAAAUCCCAAGAAUUUGAUUCCGAUGCUUGUGGUUAGAGGGCUAUAAAAAGUGAGGAAGAUUCGAGAGAUAAUUAGAAGUGCCUUUAGUCAUCGAUGAGCUUGUUUUCUCCUUGUUGUCGUUGGAGUGUUUCUCCACAAGAUGGUGCCAUCACCGCACAUGCUGUGCCCCAAGGUUCACAUGUUUGCCAUUCGUCUAAAACUGGCAAUUGAGCAUAGUUUUUGUGUGUGAUUGCGUCUGCGUCUGUGUGUGUGCGUGUGUGUGUGUUUGAGUGUGUUAUAGAUACGAGAGCGACAGAUCUUAUCUGUGCCUCUUUGUUGUUACAUCUAUAAUUGUUACAUAUUCCUUCUCUCUGGUGGGGGGCUGUACAUUGGCUUGGUGCUCUCUCUCUCUCUCACGGUGCACACAGGCUAGCUUUCUUUGGUGUUUAUUUUUUCAUGGUAUAUAUUUUUGAAUAACACUCAUAAGAUAGAAAUGUGAACCGUACAUAUCCACCUCCCAGCCCAGUUGUUUGAAGCUUGAUAAGCUCCCGAGUUAAUGCAUGCAACCUUUCUCAGUGUUUUGUAUGAGGAGUCGCUUCCUUCGUGGACGGCCGAUCUGGUUGAGUCACCCGCCACUGCUGACGCAUCCUUUAUCCAGUUUGUUGGACCAACAAUUUGCGACUGCACUUUUUCUCUUCUGUUCCCCACCCUCAGAGCAGUGUGUCUAAUGCCCAACAACCAUAAACUCACAGACAGUGGCAAAGCUCAGUUGUGAUAGUGUUUGAUUUGGUAGUUCUGUCUUUCCACACAGUAUAUCAGGAGUGUUUUUCUUUACAGUGUACAAUAUAUGCUUUUGUUGUCACCAGCUACCAUGUAAUUCUGAUGUUUUUUGACUGAUUGCAAUGUUUUUACUUUCACUAAAUGGACUGUGUAAACUCUUAUGCAAUUUAUUGUCCGCUUAGCGAAAAUUGUCCAACUUAACAAGACGAAUAACGUGAAUUUUUCUAGAUGGUAAGCUCAUCCAAAACGUGGUAUAUAGCCAUGCAGGUAGUUCCUGAAAUAUCCAUAUUUCUUAGGGGAACUUCUUUAUACUGAAGAACUCUGAGGAAGUCUGUGGUUUAUCCAGAGAAACCAAAACAAUGUUCCUGAAAAGAUGUGUAUGUUUUUUAUUCUUUUAUUCUUCCUGGAGGUGAACAAACAUCUGUUCACCUCCAUUGUCCUGUAGGUGGCAACAGGGGUUAAAUACCCGAAAAGUUAAAGAACAAGGAAGUGAAACUAAAUGCAGCUACCACCAGGAAAAGGUGAAAGGUUUUUGGAUAAAUCGACCACUUAAAGUAUGUCUUGGAAAAUCCUGCCAAUGGAGCACGGUACUUUUAGUUUUAAUCCACAUCAGGUCAACUUGUUUCAGAGAAGUCCAGAAACGGGCCGGUUCUGCUUCUGUUCAAGUAAAUUUGUUUUUAUUCUUAUAAGUGAAAAGUAGAACAGAACUACUUUACUUGUUGAGUACUUUUAACCCUUUCACCAGCCAUGUGCUCAUCACAGAUGUUUAAUAGCUAGGAGCAAUGGAUCUUUAGUAGCAGUGGAACCCGGUGGAGCGGUGUGAUGAGCAUGAAACAGGCGGGGGAUGAAAACUUUAUUUGUGCUUCUACUCUGAGGUGACUUUUGUUGCACGAAGCAUUCACCCUACUAAACUCCCACAUAUGCAUUUGUGUCCGAGCUUCUUGGAGAACACUUUUCUAUAUAACACGUGAUCAUUCAAGGAAUUCAAAUAUUUUUUCAUCCGCUUUGGUACACUGUAAAUUAUAUUUCUUGAAAUCGUCUCGUACGCAAAGCACAUCUUUCACUGACUACAAGGAAACACAUAUUUGGUGUCUAUUACGGUUUGAAGAAUGAAAUACAUACUAGAGAAUAAAUAUUUUGAAAUAUAUUCUUAGAUAUCUAUAUUUUUGGAUUAUGUAAUUCUGAUUUUGGAUCGCGCUUGAAACAAAUCAGGACGAGGCUUUGAUGUGAACAUGAUUCUUCAGACUUGCUCCACGGGUGCUUUGUAUUCGAGCGGUUAUUGAAACGCAAGCAUUUUUACUAAUUGGCUGCAGUGAGCUUCAUCGCGAUCAGCAACACGCUUUGUGGUCACGGCUGAUUGACAUACACUUAAUCGAUUGAGCAUAAAUAUCAGGUGCAUUCAGAGGAUGAAGCAAGCUCAUGUACAUGUGUUAAUAUUAUCAGAGCUAAGACUAUAUGUUAAAUGCAGUCCCCAGCUGCUUUGCAUUUAUUAAAUAUUAGAGAAAAGUUGUUUUUUGGGGGUUUUCUUUUAUUGAACGUUAUUGUCAUAUGGAAGAUUCUGUUUUUUUGUUAUUUGUGAGUAGAGGCAGUGUUAAAAGUUGCACCACAAAAGAGACACUUGGAUGCUGCCGCAGAUAUCCACCACAGAUUGGACAAUGUCGGAGUCACCACUGUGUCUUCCUCUGGUGGACCUCUGCAGUCGCUUGAAGUGGAAGUCAAAAAAGUUAAACCUGCACAACUGACAAGAGAAAAAAGGUACACAAUUUCAAUGGUUCACGAUCACUCCCCUGUGCAUAUGUUUGUACUCGGAGCAAUGAUGGCAUUAGAAAGUGUUCUUUUAUGGUGCCCGAGUAUAAAUAUUUUUAUUUGUUUUUUUUUCAAAAAGCUUGUAGAUUUGUCUGUCCAAAUGUUUUUUUUUUGGUUUGUUUGUUUAUAUAUGUUAAUGAUAACCUUACAGAGCAUAUAAAGAAAAAAUAAGCUAGCUUGAAUAUUUUCCUCCAUGCAGAAAAAAAAAUACAAAUGUUUACAGUAUGUAAUUAACCAAAUGAUAAAUAUGCGUUUGAAAAUCAAUCUGUCCGUCCCUCAAAGUGGCCGAGAUGGAUUGAUUUUUUAUUUCUUUAUUUCCUCUGUCAUUUUAAACUUGAAAAUGUUACGAAUGCUUGUUCUGUUUCUUCCUGUUCCUCUUUUUUUUCCUUUUUUUUUUCCUUGUGAGGACAGUGCUCCCUCAAUUUCAAAAUAAUAACUCGACAAAACAACGUAGUUAAAUAAGAUUGAUUUAAUGCCACAACAAACAUGCACUCACGAGUCUGUCAUUUUCUACCUGCUGACUGCUUCACCCCCCACUGAGCUUUGUACUGCAGCCCCUGCUCUUUAGAUGAAGUACUGUGUGUUCUGGCUCCGUCAGGUGUCUCUCUGGGUUGUCGAGGGUUACAGUGAACUGUUGUGAGUAACAGUGAAAACUCACCACUUGGUGAACAUGCCUGUGCACAACCUUAGAACAUAAAAAGCUGUAAAUUCAGGAAGAAUUAUCAAGAGGCAACCUGUUCUUGAUUUUGCACUACACAGCAAAUGGUACUCAAUGGAAAGGCAAAUCAAUUUCCUUAUUGGUUGAUUAUCUGAUAUAUUAGAUUAAAUGGUAUCCAGUAUAGAAUCCCAUUUACAUUUAAAAUACAAACACAUUAACAUUUCCACUUUUCUCCUUGUAUCUAGUCAAUGUAGCUUUGCAAUUUGUUUGACUAAAUCUCAUGUGAAUGUUGUUUCACUGGUGAAGGUUAGAAGACCUGCAGUGGUACAGAGCAGCGACAAUCUUAAACGUUUUGAACUAAACCAGCUGCUUUGUAACGUUUCCCAUCAAAUUGCAUCACUGCCUCAGCAGAAGUAAAACACAUACACUUCUCUUAUUUAAUAAUGAUGUGUGGUCUUUCUUUCAAACACAUGAAUGGAAACGAAGGGUCAGUCUGAUAAAUUUAUUCUACACCAAAGUGCAAUUGAAUUCAGAGGGAGCACUGUCGGUAGAGGCCUGUCAGUUGAUGUGUGCUCAAUUCCCUAUGCACGAAAAAGAUGGUUACUCUUCUGCUUCUUCUCUUAAGAUAUCCUCCCUUUGUUGGUCUGUCUUUAUUCAGAUGCAACAUUCUCUCUCUCUCUCUCUCUCUCUCUCUCUCUCUCUCUCUCUCUCUCUCUCUCUCUCUCUCUCUCUCUCUCUCUCUCUCGUGUACAGCUUGCUACAGAGAUGUUUGUCCUCAGACAGGUUCUCUUUCAUCUGCACUGUUCUUUCUUUAUGCCGAUGCAAUGAUUUUAAAAGACAAUAAAAGACGUCAAAUGGA